UUAUAUUCUUACUUAUUCUGAGUCUUUGCUUACAUUGGGUAUGUUGUUGUAUUCUGAGUCGUUGCUAAAUACUUCAACUAUUGAAAUCAAAACUGUGCAUGCUAAGAGAAGAGGAGGUAUGUCCGCAAUUACUACCACAAGAAAGUCGCCCCCUAUCUUCUAAAGGGGCCCAUCACUUUGUUCGGGGUCACAAUUUGUAUAUGUUAAACAAAUUGUUGGAAUUCGUAAAGUAAUACACUCUCGCAGGGCCGUAUAUUCUUCGUGUUGAUCAACGAUGAUUACAAAAUCGGGUACCCCUAUAAUAUAUUAGAAUGUUCUUUAGAAAUAUAUAUCUAUCUAUAUCGUAAACUAGCUGAUCGGGUAUUACUUAAAUGUGAAACUUGGACCUAUAGGUAGGGGUGGCAAUUGGGGCAGGGCAGGGCAUAUCCUUAAUAGGGCAGGGCAGGGAAAGACUUAAAUGGAGCGGGGCAGGGCAGGACAAGGCAAAAAAUUAUUUUUGAAAAUUUUUAACGGGUUAGGGCAGGGCAGGGCAGGGCCAGGCUCGGGUUAAGAGAUGGGUCGGGUAAAAAAAAUAGAGACCCGUGUAUUUCCCUAUUCUUUUUUCCCCAACACGUUCCUCUUCUGCAAAGUACUCUUCGAAGACAAAGGUCAGCUUCUCCCAUGAAACCCUUCCUCUCUUGGUUGUCAAAAUUUGUCUCCAACAUCUGAUAAUCAUGGCAUCUCAAAAUGAUGAGAAUCCACCCGCUUCUUCAUCUAACGCUAUUUCCUUAGAGGCUGAGAGUCUAGGGCCUUCACAACUUAACGAAGUUGUUGAACUGAAAAAAAAAAAAAAGGAAGAGAUACUCUAAAGCAUGGAAUCAUUUCAAGUUGGUGUUCUGUAUGGUCAAUGUAAGUAUUGUGAGGCUCGAUAUAAAUAUGCUCAAAAUUGUGGGACGAAGGCUAUGUGGGUUCACAUACCUAAGUGUCCUAAGAGGCCAAGAAGUGAGGGUGACACGGGGGGUGAUGAUGGACAACAUUAUUUUGAUCAAGAUGUUUCACGUAAACAACUUGCACAAGCCAUUAUUUUACACGAGUAUCCACUUUCUAUAGUUGGUCAUGUGGAUUUAGGAACUUUGUCAUGAGUCUCCAACCUAUGUUUAAGAUGGUUUCAAGAAAUACGAUAAAAAAUGACAUAAUAAAAAAUUUUGACAAUUUGAAAUCAAAAACUUCUAACUUGUUGGAGAGAGUCACAAGUAUAAUUGCAAUAACAACCGAUAUGUGGACUUCAAAUAGCAUCAAAAAAGGAUUCAUGGCUAUUACUGGACAUUUUAUUGAUGAUUCAUGGAGGCUUCAAAGUCACAUUUUGAGGUUUGUUCAUGUUCCAACUCCACAUGAUAAAGAUGCUUUGUGUGGUGCUUCGGUUAAUUGUUUGUUUGAUUGCAAUCUUGAACGGCGACUAUCAACUAUCACCGUUGAUAAUUCUAGUACCAACAGUGCAAUGAUGAAAACCUUAUUGGAUGAGAAACUUAAUAAAAGAGAUUUGUUUUUGUCUGGCCGACUUUUUCAAUUGCGUUGUGCCGCACACAUCCUGAAUUUGAUUGUACAAGAAGGGUUAAAAGUGAUAGGAGAUGGUAUUGGCAAAGUACGUGAUAGUGUCUUGUAUUGGAUUGGAUCAGCUGGCAGAAUUGAGAGAUUCGAAGAAGCCGCACGUCUGCUACACUGUUCUUGUAAGAAGAAGUUGGAGUAUGAUUGUCCUACCCGUUGGAACUCUACUUAUCUAAUGUUGAGAACAGCCCUGGAAUACAAAGAAGUGUUUAAGAAGUUGAGUCUAACUGACACAAAUUAUAAGUCUUAUCCAACCGAAGAGCAAUGGAGUGAUGCAGAAGAUGUUUGUGGUAAGCUCAAAGUUUCUUACUAUAUCACUGAACAAUUUUCAGGAACUCAAUAUCCAACUUCCAGUCAAGACUUUACAAAAGUUCGUGAAAUUAAGAUAGACUUGGAAGAUUGGGUGAAGAGCUUUAAUCCUCUGAUUAGUUCCAUGGCAUCUGCGAUGUAGUUUAAAAAAUAUUGGGAUGAAAUGCAUGUUUUGAUGGGUGUGGCUGCAAUCUUUGAUCCAAGAUAUAAGAUGAAGUUGGUAGAGUACUUUCUUCCACAAAUUUAUGGUGAAGAUACUUCAACUAAAAUUCAAGAAACCCGGUCUCUUUCAAGAUUAUAAGAAUAGAUUAUCUGCUCCAUAGGAGUCGUUUGGA